AUGCGUACUACACGUAGAACAUCAUGGUCAUCUGACGCUGGAUCAGCCGGAUCUUUAAGUCCUUAAAUUAACAACCGAUGAUUUCUUUGCCAUAAACAUGACAGUUUAACUUUUGCAGUCAUAUAUCACAUAUUAGCUACGUUUGUUAGCACUGCCUGAAAGGAAGAAAUCAUGACUGCCAAUGAGGAUCAAGAGAUGGAGUUGGAGGCCCUUCGAUCUAUAUAUGAGGGGGAUGAGUGUUUCAAGGAAGUCAGCCCAGUUUCAUUUCAGUAUAGGGUCGGCGACCAGGAAACCUCUAAAGCGUUCCUCCUGGAUGUCUCUUGGCCGGAGACGUAUCCCGAAACGGCACCUGAAAUCUCUCUAGAUGGCUUUUUCAACAAGAGAAUAUCUCCAGAGACCAAGCAGUUGAUCCUGUCUGGGUUGGAGGAGCAGGUGGAGGCCAACCUGGGCACUGCUAUGAUGUACACCCUGUUUGAAUGGGCCAAGGAGAACCAGGAAGUCCUGAUGGAGAACCACCAAGCUGUCGACACGGCCGUGAUGUUGACAUCCAACAGCGAUCUGAACGCCCCAGCAAAGAAGAAGGAGAAGAAGGAACAGCUGACGAAAUCGCAAAAGAGGAAAAUUACAUGCAGGACAGAUAACAAGGGGGAGCUUCCCAGAGGCUGGGACUGGGUCGACGUCAUCAAGCAUUUGAGCAGAACAGGCGGUAAAGAGGAGGACUAGAAGCCCAUGGAGGAGGCGGGGCCAGGGGGGUGGGGGGGGGACUCCGGCGACCUCACUCUGGACUCCUGACCUGACGCUGCUCUGCGGAUGACCUCCAGUGACACCAUGGUGCUGCGCUCAAGGUUGUCCGCUUCGCCCCGGUGAAGACCCCCUCCCCGGUCCUCUGACCCCCCCCACCCCGAACACGCUCGACCGCUUUCAAAGCCGUCUCGGCCAAAGGGGAUGGGAGGUGCCACGUGAGCCGUUUUACAUCGGAGGGGGUUCAAAGUGUGGAGCGCGGCGCUGUUUCAGGCUCGUCCCUUUGGAAGAGGCCCCACGUGUGUGUUUUACUUGUUUUGGUUUUUCAGCCGUUUUGGUGCCGGUGAAUUGCAGCGUAAGCCGCGUCAGAACAAGGCCGGCGGUGUGCAUACCUUGGUGGAUGAGCGUUAAAGGGGGUUAAACCUUGUCCGUUUCAUCCUUGAUGAAUGUGCGUCUUUUUGUUACCGCUAGUCAUUCUACGGUGAGCAGAUUUGGACAACAUCCCGGUCACAAUAUAGCGACCGUGUUACCCCGAAUGAUGAAGUGAAGGCUAAGUGCUAAGUCUCUAAGAUCGUGCACCAGAGUCAUACCUGUAAAACCGCUCCCACUACUUUGAAUGUUGUACAUAUCGACUCAUCUAUUUCCUCUCAGACCUUCUCCACAGUGUGCCGUAAGAUGUGUGUGUUAAGGAACGGAGUCAGCAAAGCGUCUGCGGUGAGCGGUUCGGUCAUUUUAGGUUGUUCCAUUCCCAAAGUCAGGUGUGUGUCAGCACUGUCGGUGUGCCAGGGAAUUGUCGUAGGCCGUUGGAGGCAGUGGCUGUCAGCUGGCUUCACGACGGAGCGUCUCGAUGUAUGAUGGCUGUUCUGUACUGUGUGGACACUACUCCCGACAUCUUAUGAAAUAGACGCCAAGUGAACUCCAGAUAUUGUGACCCUUUAUUUUAGAGGCAUAUUUGCUUUCACCUUGAAUUUGGAAACUUGUUUUAAUAAAAGAAAAAUGGUUACUACAA